AUCUUCCUCGAGAUCUUUCACUCUCUCUAGCCUGCCUUGAAGUCAUCUGGACGAAACCCGGGUCGGGUGGUCCUAAUCGCCCAGUACCGUACCUUGCAUUCCGGAGCUCAUUAUCCUUCGUUGGCGAUCAACAGCGUUGGCCCUGCGCUUCUCUGUCGACCUGCUGCUGUUUCGUCGCGACCUACCGUUGUGGCUCUUGUUACGAUCCGCGACUCGCUGACGUGGCGUCAUCCUGCCCGAUGGCUGCUUCCAGUGUCACGACUUCGCUCCUUGGAUCACCCGCUUUCCCCGUGAAUCUCACCCCUCCUACCCCCAGCAUCCAUGCCUCCACUCCUCGCUGCUCAGCGUCGCCCGUCACAUCCGCGGCGAGUCUCAUAUCCCAUGAUUCCUCGCCCGCUGUAACCUCGUUAAGAGCAUAUCCGACCGAGUUGGCGUUCAGAAGCAGCAGAAUGCAUCAGAAAAGCCGCAAGAAUCGUCAAGCACCGAAGGCCUCCCGGCGGUUCCGCGAAUCUCGCCCAACCGUCGCACGGGCCGCUGCUAACGACGUCGCAGCCGCCGCGAGCGUCGCUGAGGCGUCGCUGGACGAGCGGGUGGAGCUCGGCGCGCUUCACGGGCCUGCAAGGGAGGAAGCGGAAGCGGUGCAAGCUGCCGUCUUUCAGGCAGCGGCGGAUCUAGAUACCGUAGCAGCAGAGGCUGUAGCGGCUUCCGGGGAUGUAGCGGCUUCCGAGGUUUCAGGAGAGGGGGAGAAGCGGGAGGGGGAGGGACAGGGUUUAGGCGGGUCCGCGGAUGGUCGGGCGCGGAUGAAGCGGUUGCUGCAGUGGGCGCGGGAGCUGCAUGGCGGAGCUUCCCCCCCGCCUGCGCUGCGCGCGCGGGAGAAUCGUGUCAUGGGCUGCGUUGCCCAGGUGUGGCUCCACGUGGAUCUCGAGGAAGACACGUCAGCAACCGACGGUUCGGAUCUUUCCCGCUUCAGGCUCCGUCUGCAGGCCGAUAGCGACUCGGAUCUGACACGUGGCAUUUGCCAGCUCGUCCUGAGGAUCCUCAACGGCCGCAGCGUCAGCGCCGCACUAGCGUUAGAUUCUAACGGACCGGCAGUUAAAGCCCUCUCUGCCGCCUUAAAACCCGCUGCAACAGCCGCCGCCGCAUCUUCCGCUAAAGCCUCUCCCGCUGUACGCACAUCCACCUUCGUGAGCCUCCUCCUCUCCCUGCAAAAACGCGCGCGCGCCCUCGCGGCAACGGCGCUCGGACGGACUCCGUCAGUGGCUCCGUUACCGUCAAUCGUGAUCGGCCGCGGCGGGUCGAUCACCGCUCGCGGGGAUUUCGCCGUCACUCAAGCUCAGUACUUAAAGCCGAACGAAGCGGCAGUAGCGGCGCUAGUUAACGAGUUAACUAGCAAGCGCCUAGGCGUUGUGGCGCACUUUUACAUGGAUGCGGAAGUCCAGGGCGUGCUAGUCGCCGCGCGCAAAUCCUGGCCGCACAUCAAGAUCUCGGAUUCGCUGGUGAUGGCGGACGGCGCGCUUAAGAUGGCGCAGGAGGGGUGUGACAGUAUCGCGGUCCUGGGGGUGGAUUUCAUGGCGGAGAACGUGCGCUGUGUGCUUGAAAAGGGGGGAUUCGCGCACGUGCCGGUAGUGCGCAUGGCUCCUACCGCGAUCGGAUGCUCGUUGGCGGACGCGGCGCGGAGCGAGGCGUACGGGAGGUAUCUUGCAGAGGCGUCCGCGGUGCCCAAGUCGCUGCAUGUGAUCUAUAUUAAUACGGCGCUGGAUACUAAGGCCGUGGCGCAUCAUGCGGUGCCUACCAUCUCCUGCACCUCCUCCAACGUUGUCCAGACGGUGCUACAGGCUUUCGCCCAGGUUCCGGACCUGACCCUUUGGUACGGGCCAGACACAUACAUGGGGGCGAACCUGGUCGAGAUGCUUCUGCAGCUCUCCUCCCUACCUGACGAGGAGGUUCGGGCCCUCCACCCGGACCACACCCAAGCCUCCCUCCGCGCCUUACUGCCUCGGAUAAGAUAUUUCCAGGAAGGUGCAUGCAUAGUGCACGACAUGUUUGGACACGAGGUUGUGUCGCGGCUCCGGGCAGCUUACUCCGACGCAUUCCACACCGCACAUUUCGAGGUUCCCGGAGAAAUGUUUGCGCUAGCAAUGGAGGCGCGGGCACGCGGCCGGGGCACCGUUGGGUCGACGCAAAACAUUCUGGAUUUUGUAACUGCCCGGACGAGGGAGGCGCUGGGGAGGGGGUAUGAGGGGGAGAGGUUGCAGUUUGUGCUGGGGACAGAAACUGGCAUGGUGACUAGCAUAGUGCAAGCCGUGCAGGAUGAGCUGGCAAAGGCGGAAAGCAGUGCUGAUGGUGCUGCUGCUUCCGCUGCUGCUGCUGCUGCUGCUGCUGCUGAUGUGGAGGUUGAGAUUGUUUUUCCUGUUGAUAGCUCUGCUGUUGCCUCUACCAAGGAGGAUAGCAGUAGCAGUGGCCGUGACAGCAGCAGCAGUGGCGGAAAUGGCAAGCCAUUAGGGUCGGUGGCGGCAGCGAUGCUACCGGUGGUGCCAGGGGUGAAGGGAGGAGAGGGGUGCUCCGUUACUGGCGGCUGUGCCUCGUGCCCUUACAUGAAGAUGAACUCCCUGGACGCCCUCAUGUCAGUCUGCCACAUGCUGGGGCAAGACGACGCUCUCACCCACCUAGGGCCGUACGAACCUGACAAGUUUGCCGAGCCUCUCGGUCCGGGCACGGUGGCAGACCUGGGCUACUUGCCGAUCCUCCAUAUGAGGCACUUCCAGAAAACGGGUCGUCUGUCCGAUGACCUUGUUGCAGACAUCAUGACAAGGAACCAGCAUCAGCCAUCGCAAUAAACCAUUGCUGUUUUUUUCUCGAUCCAAACGAACACAGGUUUUUGAAAAAUGUGGUGGAAUUGAGAAACAGGAGGAUGUUAUUGGCUAGUACUGAAGCUUCGCUUUGAGCCGGUUUUUUUUUUUUUUUUUUUUUUUUUUUUUUAAUAGUGUAUCUAUACCUUUUGAGAAUAACAGUUGGUCCCUCUGGUUGUUUUUAUAACCCCCUAAUAUUUAAGUGAACUGCAUGUA